AUGGCUAAUGUUCAUUGGGAAGUGGAAUCAUCAAAAAGCGUAGGAUUUACUCGUGCUCGCGAUUUUGCAAUCAAGUCUUGCAAUUCAUUUGCGAAACAUGUGGACCAGAAUAACUUCAAACGCGUAUUCGACAGUAUCAAUUCACUUGUCGUGGCGUUAGAAUCACCAAUUAGGGGCUGCAAAUCUAAUUUUCACAUACUAACAGUCAAUGGAUAUGCUCAGGUACCAAUAUCAUUUUCCGAAGACAUUAACGCUGGCAUUUACAACUACCUCUCCACCUUCCUAAUAAAGUACAUUCCAGAUUUCAACGGUAUUUGGAUAUCUUUUAGGAAGGUCAAAAAAUUGGAUUCUCUAGCCAGACUUAAUCAUAAUGCCGAGAUACUCUCCUUCAGUAUCUCUGUAAGAGCACUAGUUUACAUACCACAAUUAGGGAUUAAAGCAUAUGGCCAAGUAUCGUUGGUGAGUAUGUCACGAAUUACAGUGUUAUGUUAUGGCAUGUUUAAUACAAUUGUUAGCGACAUUAAACAGAAAUGUUAUAUAAAUAAGGGGGAUAUAGUAUCGUUUAAUAUACAAAAGAUCUCCCCCCAGAAUGAUUUUGUUACUCUGUUUGCCACAAAACUCAAAGUGUGUAAAUCGCCUAGCCCACAAUCAGAUUAUAAUCAACUAUGGGUUCGACCAUGGUUGCACUAA